GAAGCUGAGAGACCCUCCAAGGAGGGGGGUCACAGCAGCUAAAAGCGCCUGCCAGGCUGCAGGUGUGGGCUGUCUAAGGAGGUGGUCACGGAUGUCCAGCAGGAGUCAUUGAUAGGUAGAACCCACCACGGCGUCCCAGAGAUCCCACAAUGUUCCUCUUCUCUCGAAAGACCAAGACCCCCAUCAGCACCUACACUGACUCCUACAGGGCUCCCACCUCCAUCAAGGAGGUCUAUAAGGACCCACCUCUGUGGGCGUGGGAAGCCAACAAGUUUGUGACCCCGGGUCUGACACAAACCAUGAGGCGCCACACAGAUCCGGAAGCCCUACAGAAGAUGGCCAAAUGUGCUGCACAGGACUACAGAUAUAAGAGUUCUAUAUCAGGCCACCCCUACUUGCCUGAGAAGUACUGGCUCUCUCAAGAAGAAAACAAAUGCUGCCCGAGUUACCUUGGCAAUGACCCAUACUGCAGCUGGAGGACAGGACCUUACAACAGCACCUACUGGAACAAAUAUACCACCUGCCUUCCUCGACUGCCUAAGGAGGCCGGGAUGGAGACGGCAGUUCGAGGAAUGCCUCUGGAGUGCCCUCCUAAACCCGAGCGCCUCAAUGCCUACGAGCGCGACGUAGUGGUGAAUAUGCUGAACUCGCUGUCCCGGAACCAGACGCUGCCGCAGAUCGUGCCCCGGUGCGGGUGCGUAGAUCCGCUGCCAGGCCGCCUGCCAUUCCAAGGUUACGAGAGCGCCUGCUCUGGCCGCCACUACUGCCUGCGCGGGAUGGACUACUGCGUCUCCGGGGCGCCUCCGUGUACCGAACGCCGCCACCUGCGGGCUCUGUGCCCAGAACAGCCGACUGUAAGGAGUGUAUCACCCUGCGACCACCGGCCCGGAAUGCACUGUGCUGUUACAACUCCCCCGCCAUCAUACUGCCCGUACCCCAACCUUAGAUGGGACACAAGUCACUUCAAGAAGACCGGUGGUCCCCAGAGAAACAACUAUGUCGUCCACCCAGAGUUUGUGUCAGAGACUUAUCCCAAUUACCAUUGCUGGUAGAGCCUGGGCUGGCCAGGC